CUAGAGAUAAUUAUUUAUCCUUUUUGUUACAUUGAAAGGGAGCCUUAACCUAACUCAAGAUUCCCCACUCCAGAAAACAAUAAACAUAAUCCAAAUAAGAAAAGUAUGCAGAGCUGUUUGGGCUUGGUUGCCUUGUCGGAGCUUUAUGCACUACAUCUUGACAAGUCGUUGUCGCUAAUCUUGUCUUGUAUGAUAAGGUCAAGAACGACAGGCUGGCACGGUAGUUGAACACCCACGAGCCUCAUAUAAUUGACUUGGAGUUUGCCUUGAAGACUUACUCAGCAUACAAAUUGGGCAGAGAAGAAAGGCAAUACCACAAUCAUCCUGCAAUCACUUCUUGUUCAUAAACACUGCUGUCAACCAAUUUCUAAAGCUAAAAAUAAUGGCUGAGGCGCUCAUUUCCGUGCUGCUAGAACGGUUGGCCUCGACAACCUAUGAAUAUAUAGGACGAGAGCUGAAACAUGUUUUGAACGUUAAGGAAGAUGUUGAGAAAUUCACUGCGACUCUCGAAGUUAUUCAAGCUGUGCUUGAGGAUGCAGAGCAAAGGCAAGUGACGGAGGCAAGUGUCAAAAUCUGGUUGGAUAAGCUGAAAGAUUUAUCCUACCAUAUGGUGGAUGUGUUGGAUGAGUGGAACACAGACAUUCUCAAACAACAGGUUGAGAAGCAAGAAAGAGAAGGUGAUCCAAAUGCUCUUGUUACAAAGAAGAAGGUACGUUUCUCUAGUUUAUCCAGUUGCUUUUGUUUUGGCAAAGCCAGUCGGGUGAUUCUUCACCGUGACAUUGCUCUGAAAAUAAAAUAUCUGAAUGAUAAGUUAACUGAGAUUUAUGAGGAAAGAAAUAAGUACCAGUUUCUAUGGAAAGAAUUAGGCGUUCAACCUCAACAACCUCAACGACCUCAAACUGCUCCUUAUGUCAACAUGUCUGAGAUAUUUGGUCGUGAAAAGGAACAUAAUAUUUUGAUAACAAAGUUGUUGGGUGAUAGUAGUGAAGAAGAAAAGAGGCACCUUAUCAUCCCUAUUGUAGGGAUGGGAGGCAUGGGAAAAACAACUUUAACCCAACUAGCCUAUAAUGAUGACCGAGUCAAAACCCAUUUUGAUAUGAGGCAAUGGGUUUGUGUUUCAGACCCUUUUGAUGAGAUUAAGAUUGCCAAAGCCAUUAGUGGCGAUGACGCCCCAAAUUCAAAUGAAUUGGGUGAGGUCUUGCAAUGUAUGUCUAGAUCCAUCCAGGGCAAAAGGUUUCUCCUAGUCCUGGAUGAUGUAUGGACCGAUGAUCCUAAAAAGUGGGAACAAUUAAAAGUACCAUUAAUCCAAAGUGGUGCUAAAGGCAGCAGAAUACUGGUGACCACAAGAAAACUAGAGGUUGCUAAUAUGAUGAGAGCAACAAGAAACAUGAUCAAUCUGCGAGAGUUGAGUGAUGAAUAUUGUUUGUCAAUCUUCAAUCACAUGGCCUUUUCGGAUGGGGAUGUACAAGAGUUCGGAGAUAUUAGUAAGGAAAUUGUAAAGAAGUGUAAAGGUUUGCCUCUUGCUGCAAAGACUUUAGGUAGUCUCAUGCAAAAUAAGACAAGAAUGGGAGAAUGGAAAGAAGUUUUGAAUAGCAAGAUAUGGGAUCUAAAGAAGGUCGAGCAAGAAGUUUUCCAACCCUUAUUCCUAAGUUAUUAUGAUUUGUCCCCAACAAUUAAAUCUUGCCUUUUAUAUUGUGCUAUUUUUCCUAAAGAUCAUAUGUUUCGCCGAGAUGAGUUGAUUAGACUCUGGACAGCACAAGACUAUAUUAUUUCUAAAAGGAAUAAAGAAAAUGGAAUAAUGGGUGAAGCAUGUUUUGACAACUUAGUAGCGCGAUCAUUUUUCCAAGAUUUUAAGAAACAUCCAGAAAAUGGUACGAUUACAAGUUGUAAAAUGCAUGAUAUUGUCCACGACUUCGUUCAAUUUCUUACCAAGAACGAGUGUUUGAUUAUAGAUCACUCUGAGGGUGCUAUCAGAGAAUCAAAGGUAUUGGAUGAUAAGAUUCGCCAUUUGACCUUAAGAUAUGUUCCCGAAGGUCCACUUGCAAUUUCUAUCGCAUCCUACAAUUUCAAAUAUCUUCGCACACUGGCAACUUUUGAUUCAAGAAUUACUACCAUAGACUCAAAUUUAAUUUUACAAUUGAAACGUCUUAGGACAUUAAAUUUGAGUGGUAAUUCCAUCAAAGAACUCCCAGAGGAGAUUGGUGAAUUGAUACAUUUGAGGCAUAUUGAUUUAUCUUACAAUUGUGAUUUGGAGAAAUUACCUGACAGUAUAUGUGGUUUGUAUAAUUUGUCUACCUUGAGCCUUCGUUUUUGCUCCAAACUUAAAAAACUGCCUGAAAACAUGGGGAGCUUGAUUAACUUAAAGCAUCUUUAUGUUGAGUGGUGUGAAGUUCUGGAGUCGUUGCCAAAAGGAAUAGGGAGAUUAACAAGCUUGCGAACACUAGAUGUGUUUUUGUGUGAUGCUGGCGACCAGGAAGCAUUACAACUUGGCGAUCUGAGAAACUUGAACCUGGAGGGAUUUCUCUACGUAAAACUUGUGGGGGAUGCGACAGAUAAGAGCGAGGUUGAGAAAGCACAAUUGUGGGACAAAAAGGUAUUUAAUCUCACCGUUGAUUUUAAAAGGCAGACGAACAGUAGUAGUAGUGUAGAAAUACUGAAUGACUUACGACCGCACCCAGAUUUGGAAUCUUUAGGGAUUUGGGAUCAUAAUGGCACCAGGUGGCCCAAUUGGAUGCAGUCUUUACACAAUUUGAGAUUCCUUACUGUUGGUAACGGGACACAGUGUGAAGUUUGGCCUCUUGGGAAAUUGGAGUACCUUGAAAGACUAACCAUAUACGGGAUGAAUGGAGUGAGAAAGGUCGGUGUUGAAUUUUUGGGAUUAGAAGAUCAAACCUCAUUCAGAUCACCACCCCUGAUAUUAUUCCCAAAAUUGAAACAACUCAGCUUUUUCUAUAUGGAAGAGUGGGAAGAGUGGGAAGGCGUGGAAGAGUGGACGAAAGAGGAUUCUGAAAUUACAAUCAUGCCAUGCCUUUCUGAGUUAAGAAUUGUCAGCUGUGAAUUGCUAAAAGCACUGCCAGACUUCCUUUUCAAAACACCACUGCAGACUCUUGACAUCUCAUCCUCUUGGAGACUUUCAGAGUGGGCCAAGAUUUCUGCUGAGAUCCCAAAUAUCAGCAUUUCCUGGUAAUUGAGCUCUAGCAAUCUCUUAUUUACAUACUCAUGUAUCAAUUCCAACUAUCAUCAUAUUUGUUUCCUUCAAAAUCUUCAGAUACAGAUGAUGGUGACUCGCUAGGCACAUUUAUAACCUUGAAAUGGUGACUCGCUAGGGAAUCUAUGGAAGCGAAUGGAGUUAUGUAAACCAUCAAAGUCAGCCUACGGAAGUUCCUUAAGAACUACUUGACAGAGAGAUGGUGAAUUUGGAAGGUCUACUGAGCUUGAUGAUUGCCCUGAUUUUUUUGUUUUUAUGUUAAAGUGACGGAAAAUGGCAGGGCAAACGUAUCCCACAGACCAAAUAUCAACCUUGAUGAUCAUCAUGUUCAACCAGACUGCGAUUUUUAGUCCUUACAUCUUCUUACUGCAAUCCAAUGAUUAUAUGGAUGACCGAAAAGCAGCGAUACACCGUCAAGGGAACUCGUCAUGCCGUUCGUUUGACUGAUUGAUGAAGAUUUUACCUACAAUGGUUACUGAAGCAUUUCGUGGCAUGGAAUGGAGGGAAGAGUGAAUAUGACCCGAAGUUUCAUUUUAAUUCCCCUGCAAGUGUCAUCAAGUUACCCAAAGGCUACAUGAGGGACUCUAUCUAAGCAAAAAGAGUGAUGUCAACCAUCAAAGUCUGCCUACAGAAGUUCUAAUAACUGAAAUUUUGAUGAGAACUUUGACAGAGACAUUAGCUGCUUAGCUGUUAUGGAAUUAGCUGAACACGAUCAGAGCAACUAUAAGAGUUGCUUAUUUUGUGUAAUCAGAUAGAAUUGGUGACUCGCUAGGCAUAGCAACAAGACAUACAAGCAUAAUUCAUCCAUAUAUGAACGAGUACGUGCCAAAUAAACUAAUCUCCCACCCAAUCGUUGACAAUGAUUUCUUCAUUUGCUGGAACUUAAUUUGGAUAAUACCCCAAACAAUGGUUCAGUUUUGUCGGUGUCAAAAAACAAAAGUUCCAUUGGUGUAUCUACUGGUUUGCAGGCAAGGAUAUCCGUUUUAGUCAACAAAUCUAAGACAUGCUUUCUUUGAGACAGAAAAAUGACUUGAUUUUAUAUGGCAACAUCAAUCCCCAAAAGAACUUAAGCCCAUCAAGAUAUUUCAUUUCAAAUUCUGUAACCA